UCCACAUGGUGGUGCUGAUACAGUCUGGAACACAUUGGGCGUGGGAAUGAGUUGACCCCUCCUUCCCACUGUGGGGAGUAGUCAAAGGAGGGUGAACCACAAAGUGAAAGUAUUUUCUUAGCUUGUGAGAUUUGCCACGAGGACUGGAUUAUAGGUAGAUUGGAAUCAAAUUGAGAAAGGCCCUAACAUGGCAUUGGUCUUCAGCUUGUCCACUCUGUUUGUCCUCAUCACAGGGACGGAGACAUCCAAAAGUCUAAAUCAGCGCCCAGAGUUGAAGCAGGUAAUCCAGGUGGAAUCUGGGAAGGAUACAGUCCUAGACUGCUCUGUGAAGUUCAGUGAGGAAUCCCCUGGUAAUGUAAACAUAGAGCAGGUCGUGUUGUGGAGGCUGGACCAGAAUGGUGAUCACAAAGGUGAACCUGUGUUCAAAUACAAUCAACAAUCCUCCAAUCCCAGGAUGCCGCUGAGCCCAAAAUAUCAGCUUUCCAUGCCACCUGCCAAUGAGAGAGACAAAGUUGUGUCCCUAUCGGUCAAAGAAACCCAGCCUGAAGACGAGGGUCCGUAUCACUGUAUGGUGAACACUGACAGUGGAAACACAGAUUGUAACUUCAUGCUGAAUGUCACAGUACCAGACCAGCACCAGGUUCCUGAGAAUGCUGCGAAUCAAGAGGAAAUUCCAAAGAACAGUUACAUGAGUGUGGCUGCUGUAUUUGUGGUAGUAGGCUCUCUUGCCAUUGGACUGCUGCUUCUCAAGCUGUUUCAAGCCAGAAGACUCAGACAACAUGAACCAGUGACACAGGAAGACUCUGUUGUGCCAGAAGAGCCUGAGGAUACAGCAGUCCCAGCAGAGCACGACUCCAGGACAGGACUGUUUCCGUAGCGACGGAUGUAUUAUCAGGAGUGUUAUGGGCUCUCUUCCCUGAUGGUGUCUUGUCUGCUCUGUCUCUCACGUCACAUCGCUAACUGAAUGUUGUUAACCGCACCAGACUAUUCUUUCAUGAUUGUUUCAUAUUGUAACUAAAACAUGAAAUGAGUCUAUCGGACUGUGGAAGGACAGACAUACUUAGUGGACAUUGAUUUGAGAGUGAAGACACUAGUGUGAAAUUGAUCUUGAAAGAACACACAUUUUGUGCAUCACAGUUUCAGUAAGUAAUUUAUUCAUAAGCCAAUAUUGUGUUUUAGUGGAUUUGAGAGUUGCUUUAUUUGACAAAUGCCUCUGUGUUUUCCUGUGUUAUGAUUCGGGCACUGUAGUUAUGAUAAGUAUUCAACGCCUGUAGAUUUCUUCACAUUAUGUUACAAAGAGGAUAUCAAAUUGAUUUAAUUGUCAUUUUGAAGAUGGGAUUUUGUCCUGUGUUUUGGUGGUGAGGAUUGCAGGCAGGGCUGGACAGAGCUGGCUGGGGUUUUGUUCUGUGUGUUGGUGGUGAGGAGUGCAGGCAGGGCUGGACAGAGCUGGCUGGGGUUUUGUUCUGUGUUUUGGUGGUGAGGAGUGCAGGCAGGGCUGGACAGAGCUGGCUGGGGUUUUGUUCUGUGUGUUGGUGGUGAGGAGUGCAGGCAGGGCUGGACAGAGCUGGCUGGGGUUUUGUUCUGUGUGUUGGUGGUGAGGAGUGCAGGCAGGGCUGGACAGAGCUGGCUGGGGUUUUGUUCUGUGUGUUGGUGGUGAGGAGUGCAGGCAGGGCUGGACAGAGCUGGCUGGGGUUUUGUUCUGUGUGUUGGUAUCUUUACAUAAAAUACCCUGUCAAAGUGAAAAUUCUAAUAUUGUUUUGAAAGAUGAAUGAAAAAUUAAACACUAAAAUACCAUUAUGUAUUCUUGGGUAAGUCUCAUAAGAGCUUCGCACAUCUGUUUUGUGCAAUAUUUGUCCAUAUUUUCACAUUUCUUCAAUCUCUGAAGGUGUUGGGUAUCUUGGCUAGACAGCAAUUUAAGUCGUGCCAUAGAUUUAAGCAGAUAUAAGUACAGAACUGUAACUUGGCCACUCAGGAACAUUCACUGUUUUCUAGGUAAGCAACUCCAGUUUAUAUUUGGCCUUGUGUUUUAGGUUAUUGUCUGACUGAACGGUGAAUUCCUCUACCGGUGGAUUUUACCUGUGCUUUGCUCUAUCCUGUUUCUUUUUAUACCGACAAGCUCCCCAGUAUGUGCUGAUGUCAAGCAUACACAUACCAUGAACCAGCCACCUCUAUGCUUGAAAAUAAGGAGUCAGUGAUAUGUUGUUUGCCUCAAAGGUAAUUGCACCUAGGUCUGAAAGUGUAUUUGAUCUUUUUUUGUUGUUGCAGUGUUACUUUAGCACCUUGUGCAAACACAAUGCAACAAUAUUUGUAUUCAUCUUUUGACUGUCAAUGAGGUUAUUAAUGUGGAGUCACUCCAAUGUUGUCGAGCCAUCCUCAGUUUUCUUCCGUCACAGUCAUUGAACUCUGUAGCUGUUUUAAUAAAAACACGAAUGGCCUCA